AAUCAUUUUUUGGUUUUUCACCCUCCUUUCUCCUUCUUUUUUUUUUUUUUUUUUCUCAAUUUUCAAACAGUCUUCCAUUGUAAUAAUCAAUACCCACCUACAUACUUGUAAGUCUUGAAUACUCUUUACUAGUAUUUAUCAGAUCUAUCAUCAUUUACUUACCCUUUUUUUCAUUUUUCUGCAUCUACAAACCCCACUUUUGCUAUUAUCGAUGAACAAACACUUAAAAAUUGAAUAAUUACUUCCCCUUUAAACCAUCCAUAAAUUCAUCAUCAAUCUCAUUUUACAUUUUUUCAUCAAUCUCUAUCUAUUCCCCUGUUCUUGAUUCAUUUGUUUGGUUCAUUAAUUAUUUCGUUUUUCCAUUUUGAAUUGAACAGAGUUGAUUCAUCGAUUGUGUUUGCUUUUUACAAUAUCUUCCAAUAAGUUUUAAUCUUUUGGGUUCGAUUAGCAUGCAAGAUUUCAAUUUCUGGGAAAAAUGACAACUUUACAGAAACAAGAAAUUAAUGAAGAUUCUUCUUCUAAACCUAAAGAACGCCGUAUUGUUACUUGGACUCAAGAGGAGGAUGAUAUAUUAAGGGAGCAAAUAAGCAUACAUGGGACUGAAAAUUGGACGAUAAUUGCAUCAAAAUUUAAGGAUAAAACAACAAGACAAUGUAGAAGAAGAUGGUACACAUAUCUUAAUUCUGAUUUCAAAAAGGGAGGUUGGUCACCGGAAGAAGAUAUGUUGUUAUGUGAGGCCCAAAAGAUAUUUGGUAAUAGAUGGACUGAAAUAGCCAAGGUGGUUUCUGGAAGAACGGAUAAUGCAGUGAAGAACAGAUUUUCUACCUUGUGCAAAAAGAAAGCAAAACGAGAAGCAUUGGCUAAGGAGAACACCAAGGGGUUUAUCAAUGUGAAUAACAAAAGGAUUUUGAUUGAUAAUAAUGGGUUUCAUUCCCAAUCAAUGAUGAAAAUUGCAUCACCUCUUAAAAAGUUAAGAAGAGCACAUAUACCAAAUCCUGCAGAAAAUUUCAACUCUGGGAAUAUUUUGCUGGAAAGAUGUGGAAUGUCAAAGCAGCAUCCAAGACCGCCGUUUGCGGUCUUGGCUCAAAAUGCCCGAAAUGCUGACAAUAAUUCAAUAGUUUCCUCAGUUAAGGACACUUUGAUUAAUGGUGAUGAGAAAUUGGAAGGGGCAUGUUUUAGAAAGGAUGAUCCAAAGGUAGCAGCUUUGAUGCAACAAGCAGAGCUUCUUAGCUCACUUGCAGUGAAAGUAAACAUGGAUAACUCAGAACAAAGUUUUGAGAAUGCUUGGAAAGUUCUUCAAAAUUUCUUUGGAAGAAGCAAAGAUAAUGAAGACCUCAGAUAUAAAAUAUCGGAUUUUGACUUGCAGCUUGAUGAUCUUAAAGAUUUCAUGGAUAAUUUGAGAUGUAGCAAUGAGGAGAGUCAACCAUCUCAGAGGCAACCUGAUCUGUACGAGUCACCGAGUAGCUCUGAAUACAGUACUGGAUCAACUAACUUGUCUGCUUGCGAUCAAGGAGAGCAUUCUCAGGCCGAGAUGUCUACAUUACACGAGGAACUCGGAGUUACCUCACAGUCGGUGCAGACGGCUGAUAACGGUUGUGUUGACAUAACAGAAGACAAGCUUCUCCCCUGUGGAACAACAGAUCAAGACUUUAGCUCCCCAAUUCAAGUAACGCCUUUAUUCAGAUCACUGGCGUCUGCAAUACCAAGCCCCCAGUUUUCAGAAAGUGAGAGGCAUUUUCUUCUGAAAACACUCGGCAUUGAGUCUCCAGCUCAAAACACAAUCACGAAUCCUUUGGAACCACCACCGUGCAGAAAAGCACUUCUGCAAGGCCUUUGAACAACAAUUUUACCCUGAUCCCUUCUUACAGUUAACUAUCAUAUCAUCCUUAAUACUACUGUUGGAAGUUAUGAUAUAUCAAACUUUUUCGCGGUUUUGUUCAGCACUGCAGCCACAUAGGCCCAAGUUUUUUUGAGAGGCUUUUUACGAUCUGCAUCCCCAAGAUCCUACAUUCCAGAAUGCCGUCCUGUGCCUUACAGAAACGCAACAUUCUGUUCUCUGUCAGAUCAACUAUACACGGUCUGCAUCCCUACACUCUUUGUUUACUGUUUUGUUAUCACCCUCAGGUUGCCUAAAGCUUAUCCUUAUGGGAAUUAAUUUGUGUAUGAAGUGUGUCAUUCUUUUGUUUUUAUGGGGUUUCGAGUUUAAGGUAAUUCGUAAUCCCAGCCAGUUUUAUGGCAUUUAUUAGUUUUUUUGUACAGCAACCUGCAAACACAUAACCUUAGUUUAUGGUAGUGUAUAAUCAUUCAUACUUGGGAAUCUCGUCGAUCCCAAAUAGAUAAAAGUAAAAAGAAAGAAGAGUUAUAGAGGAUUCUACCAAUGGAUUGGUUAAAUCCUCUUUGGGUUUUCUUUUCUACUGUCUUGGUGAGCAGAUAGUAUAGAAUAAGCUUUGUUCAAGCUUUCCAAUUUCCUCAAAAAAGAUGUAUUGUAUUACUCAAGAUGACUUGAGUUGUAAAAGAAAAAAAAAUGGAUUAUGAUUUGUGUGCAAACAUGGAUUUUCCUGCGGUGUUUUCUUCUACCCCCCUCCCCCUCCCCCUCCCCCUCCCCCCUCCCUUUUCUUUUUAUUUUUGGUGGAAAUCUGUGAUUAUAUUAAGUCAAGAUGACCCGGAGGCUUGGGGCUAAAGGUUCCAUAUAAAUUUUCUCCUGGUUAACCGUAUCCAUACUAUCAACCAAGUGGACUACGGUAUUAUCUUUUCUACUUUGUUAUAACUUGUAAUAAUCCAAAAUCAAAUGCAGCGUAUUAAGAUUUUCUUCUAUUCCAACUGCUAAAUAUCCAAUAGCUACAGGUACCCACAAUUAAUAACUACUUAGCCGCUUUGUCGAACAAGCCCAUUUUAUUGAAAAAGGUUUUUGUUUAAAGAUGUAAUAAUACUGUGUUUGGAAUGAGAGAAAUGAAGGGAAAGAAAGGGAGGGAGGGAUAUGAAAGAAUAGAGAAUUUUUGUUUGGAUAACAAAAUAAGAGGGCUUUAGAGGGAAAUUUGGACAAAUUUUGUUAAGAAUAUAAUCUCUUCUAAAGUGAAAAGAUUUGACGAAAAAUACUUAUUUUUCCUUCCUUUUCCCUUCACUCUCCUUGUAAACAAACAAGUUGAAUUCUUGCUCGUGACCCCUCCCCUUACUUUUCCUUCCUUUCUUUUUUCUUCCCUUCCCUUCCUUUCUUUUCUAUCCUAUUGUGUUAUCCAAACAUAGUGUAAAGGAAGAAUGUUACAAAAUAUUUGUGACCAAGUUGAAGAGACAAAAAGUAAGAUAACAAAGAGUAACUGAAGAAUGUAGCACUUACUAACAAUGUUGCGGAGAGAUCUGGUUGAAUGCUGCUGUUUUGUUGCUUUUACUUGGCUAUAUAUCUUUGUUUCUGCAACUGCUUGAAUCUGGAAGGUUAUAAUUGAGGGAAAGAAGAAGACGAAGGUGGAGAAGAUCUGUUAAUUUAUGUAUGGAAGAUCAAAGUUCAAAAAAUAGUGGAGACAAAUGAUCAUAAUUCAUAACUAGUAAUCCAUAAAGCUUAAGGAGUAAGAUCUAAGGGAGGUUAAAAGAUGGAGGGAAGACUAUACAAAAUAAAGUGUACUUCUUGGAUGUGACAUUUCUCCCUCCAACCUAACUGAAAUUGAAAAAAGUUGCAUUAAUGAACAUUUUCUUGUUUUGACCUUUGCUUUUGCUUAAAAGGAUAGAUUCUUGAGGACCAAAUUGGUAACUAAAAUUGGUAACUUUAGUUGUUUGUUAUCACGUUUGGUUAUCAGUAAUAAAUGCUGAAUAGAAAUAUAAUUUUAAUAGAGAUAUCUAUUAUAAAAUUUAUGGUAGUGUAAGUUUUACCUUGACAUAACCCAUUGUUUAAACUUGCCCGUUCUAAUUUAUAGUACGUGUAAUAUAAAGGCCAAGUAAAUAUCACAAAAUUAAAGUGAAGUUUAAUAGUCAACAUACUUUUA